AUGUCCUACGCAGAUGCAGCCGCCAGCGGCCCGAAGCAGUCUGCUGAAGAAGUUUUCCUGACACUCAAUAGUCGCGCCCCGGCCGUCCCUGAAGUCGUCCACACCGACGACAGCGUGACAUCGCUUAUCGACGUGGACAGCCCACACAUCUCGUCCGUCCCAUCCGACUUCGAAUCGCAAGAGAUCAAGACAGACACACAGAAAGAGCGAAUCGAGCACGAAGCGGAAGCACUUGAGCGGAAGACGAAGGAGGAAGCUGCAAAAGCGGCCCAGAAGGCGAAGGAUGCAAAGGCUGCUGCAAAGGCCAAGGGAGGCCGCGCCGCGCAUAAGUUCCGCCAGAACUCAGACAACCCCGUCGUGAUUGGCAACCUGGUCGUUGGCGCUGCGGUAGCGACGGCGCUGGGCGUGGGUAUCUACAAGAAGUACACCGCCGGCGAGUUUUCAUGGAAAGUGGGCGGUAUCUUUGCGGGUGCGAUCGGACUGUUUGGUGUCGCGGAUUACUACGUCAGCCAAUUCCUCUUCCAGAAAUACCCCCCGAAGAAAUAG